AAAUGACCUUGGAAUGAUGUGAAUGGCAGAACGCCCACAAAAAGGAGAAAUAUCGAAGAAUAAACAAAUGGCAAUGAUAGUGGUAUUAGUGUUAKUYAUCUCUAGUGCUCUACCGCAGGUUACAUUGGGCAAUGUAUCACGUGAUCACUGGCCACACCUUGGAGCUCCCGUUACCCAGGACCUCCUCGACGAAUUGGUUUAUGAUGACAUUCUCAAUAAACCACUUGCUGUAGGCUUCUUCCUCAGGGGCGCAGCGGGACCCAAAGGACCCGAUGGACCACGAGGACCACCAGGCACACAAGGGGUACAAGGAUACASCGGCUUACCYGGUGCCACCGGACCAAAAGGCAAACAGGGUCCACCAGGRAUUAUMGGACCUAGAGGCCCACCAGGACUUCACGGMUUACAAGGAAUCAAAGGAAUGAGWGGACCGAUGGGACCUCCUGGCCCUUCWGGGGCUCCUGGCACUCAAGGAGCUCCUGGAUCCGCAGGAGGCGCCUACAGUCCAGCUCUUGUAUUAGUAAUUAACACGACGACCAUUUGUGAAGGAGGAAACGACGCUCUUCUUUGUGGUGACAAAAARAUCAUCAAAAUCACUCAGGCGUUUUGGGGCCGUGAUAACUACUACACAUGCGCACAACCUCCUUCUUCGACUAUGACGUCAAAUCAGCUGACCCAGAUGGACCCUGAUCACGUGACACGCACUUUAAAGUACCGCUGCACGAACAAGCAAAACUGUCCAAUMAGCGCUAACAGGCUAACGUUUGGUGAUACUUCAGAUCCGACCGUUGCUAAAUACCUUAGGGUCUGGUACGAGUGCAUUCCGGAUCAUAGAGAUUUUCUGAUGAAAGACAACGUGGUGCGACGUUAUCGCCGUGAUAUUGCCAGAAGCAAAGAGAAACGAGAGUUUUUCCUCCCUGUCAUUGACAAGACUAAGGAGAAAAAUGAACACAGUCGAGAUGUUAGUGAAACUGAGAAGGAAUGGGACAAAAGCAAUGAGCAAAGCAAUAAAACAACAGAAAGAACCAAGAUUGAGAAGAGACAAAAUUCACGACGUGAUAAUGCUAAACUGUCUCACAUAUUGAACGAGCUUUUACACCCAGCAUCCUCCCUACCAACAUAAACCUGCAUAGAUAGCAUGAAGUGUUUGGUGAUUUAACUUGGUUAUGCUGUGUAUAUUGUAAAAAUUCUAAUAAAAAUCACAAUUGUCAAGUGAA